GCUUUAUAUUUUGUGCAUCAAUAUUUAUUCGAUUUAUCGCCCAAAUUUGAUGAUACAGCUGAUAACUUCCUUAGAAUAAUUUAAAUACUUAAUUAACUGAAGGCAUGUCUAAGAAUGCUACACAUCUAAUCAAUUCUGAAAAGAAAACUAAAAUUUUAGCAGAAAAAGGCAGAAAUGAAAAUAAAGCUCUGUCUGGACAAGACGCUUUCAACCAAGGUAGCUCUUCGCUUCAUGUUAAAGCAGAGAAAAUGAAGCUAUUAGAUAAAGUUCAGCUAGAUGGAGAGAAUGAAAUUGCAAAAAGUUCUGAGCUAUCAGAAAGUUUCCGACCGGUAAAACAUAGCACUCCGUCCAAGAUUCCUAAAGUUACAAGAAAAGCGAAAAAGAAAUUUAAAGUCUUUGAUCCAUCAUACACUUGGAAUAAGGGCGGAAGAAUAAAAGAACUGAGGCUAAGGUAUCUAGCCAGGAAAUAUUUGCAUUUGUGGCUUAUUGGAACUUUUGGUUCGAUAAAAAUAUCCAAAGCAAGGUUAUUACACUUUGAAGAAAAGAUUAAAAAGAAAUGCAUGAACCAGAUAAAAAAUAUCUGGUGGCAUAAUCGAAAAGAAUAUCGUUUAAAUCUUCGAGCAGACCUACAUAAUAAGUACAGACUUUACAAUAUUGCGUGGAAGAGCUGGACUACUUUCAUGAAAAUUCAGUCUGUUGAAAAUGAAAAGAAUCUUAUUGCUGAUAAUUAUCGAAACUUUGUCUUGAAAAAGAAGGCGAUACAAAUUUGGGUUAAGUACAUUGGUAAAAGGAGACUUCGAAAUAUUGAAAAAGAAAAGUGUAGACCGUUAUACAAUGCGUUAUAUUUAAAACAAAAUUUCGGAUUUGAGCAACAAUUCCUUAGUAUCAAAAUGCUUCAAUAUAUGGAAGUUAUCGUUUUACGUCAGAAGAAAAAAGACUUGCAAAAGAAGGCUAGUGAAUAUCAUGAACUGAAGACGAAAAGAACCUACUUAUGUGCUUGGAAAUUGUUUAUGAAAAUCAAGAAAAAUCAAGAAUAUCGUAAUGAAUUAUCUCAGAACUUAAGAAAAAAAUCUUUACUAAAAUUUGCUUGGCAAAUGUGGUUAAAGAGAUGCGAUCAAAGAGAUGAAAUAAUUCAAUAUAAUCAAAUAAAAACAGCGCAAACUCAUUAUUCAAAACAAUUGCUAAAAAAAUCUUUACUAAAACUUGUAAACUAUGUUAACCACAGGAGACAUAAAAGGAGUUUGAAUGCUACUGCUGAUUUACAAUUUUCUUCAAAAAUUUUACCUAAAAUGUUCAAUAACCUCAAGACUUAUACAGAGUUUAGAAGAUAUAAAAGAGAAUUAUUAGAAGAUUCGCUGCAAUUUAGAACAGAGAGCUUAUAUUCUAUGGUUUUCUAUCAUUGGAAAGACCGGUUGGAAAGAAACAGAGAGCAUCGAUUGAACACACGAAUUGCUCUACUACACAGAGAAAAGUUAAUUUUGAAACAGACGUUUGAAUUAUGGAGAAUGAAAGCUGAAAGAGCUUUAAUGGUACAAACGCAAAUGGAGAUCGCUGAUGAGCAUUAUUUUCAUAACAUAAUGAAAAAAUAUUUAAGCUACUGGAUGAUGUACACCAAUGCUAAAAAUGACAAACGAAUCAAGGAAAUUUUUUCUCAAAAUUUCUAUUGCAUAAAACUGUUAAAAAUUAGUUUCAAUACUUUAAGAUCGUACAAAAACUAUCAAAAACAAAAGAAAGCAAAGAUUGAGAGAGCCGAUAAGUUUUUCCAUACAAAAUUGUUCAAGCAAGUAUUUCACUGCUUGAAAAUAAAUGUGCAUAACAGCUCGAUAUUUAAUGAAAAAGCUGAAAAAUUUUCUAAGCGAUAUUCAACAAAGCUUCUUUGUUCGUCAUUUACUACAUGGAGGGAAAUGGUGACAAUUUGGAAAUCAGAAAAAAAUUAUAUGCAAAUAGCUGAAAUUUAUUUUAAUGCUAAAUUGGCAGGAAAUGUUAUCAAAGAGUGGAGAAGCUAUACUGUUCGUAGAAUAGAAAAGACCAGGGAUCAAUCAGACAUUAUAAAUGACUGUCGAGAAAGAUUGCGGUCUUCUUGUUUACAGUAUUAUUUCACUCUUUGGAAAAGCAAGAGAGAUAUCGUUUUGAUGAAUAGGCUUGACAAUGAACGAGCUUCUUUAAGAUUUGCAUAUUCUAUAAAAGUUAAAGUUUUCAGAUCCUGGGUUGCCUAUAUAAAAAACAACCAAAAAACGUCCAUAAUGAAGCAGCAAGCUCAAAACUAUUAUUCUCAAAAACUAAAAAAGACUUCUUGGCUAACUUGGCAAAAUUCCCUUAUUGCCAAAGAAAAGCAAAAUUCUCAAACAGCAAUUGCGCUCUGGCAUUGGAGUAUGAAACUACAAUGGAAGAGUAUGGAAAUUUGGAAAAGGUACAUUGAGAAAAGGAAAUAUAAGAAAGAAAUGUACAAGCUUGCACUCGAUGAAUAUAGAAACAGACUACUAAAAUCGGCUGUAUCAGAUUGGAUAAAAACAGCAGAUCAACUUCAGAAUUUAAAAAGAAAGAUGGCUUUAUCAAGGAAUGAGACCGAAUCACAAAGAGAGUUUUCUCUAGCCCUUAAGGUUAUUUCUCAUUGGAAAUUUUGGGCGUCCAAAAAGUCUUUGAGCAGAUCAGAAAAACCUUCAUGUCAAUUAUCGUCUUCGGUGGAAAAAUCUCAGCCAAAAGUCAAGCUAAAAGUUCAGUUCGCUGAUCCUAUAAGUAGUGAUAGCUUACCUAUUGUCAAAGCAAGGGAAAAACCAAGAAAACCUGAUUUCCUUGUUGAUUCUUUAAAUAGCGACGGGCUCAUUACCAGCAUUUCUGGGGAAAAACCUGAUGAUCAAGAAUUUAAAAGACACGUUAAUGAAGUAACUUCUUCUCCCAAAGAAACUAAUAAGCCCUCUCUCAAAUCAUUUGAAAAGGUAAAAUUGCAAUCCCCUAGGGAAUUUUCGGAGGAAAAAGACCCUAAGCCCAAGAAGAUUAGUUUACUUCCACCAACAGCUUUCAUGAGCGAAAACAAAGAAGAAAGAAACUCGCUUUCCUUAGAAGAAGAAAUGUUCAAGAUUAAGAGUUUCCUACGAAAUUAUAAACAACUGAAACAGAAAGUUGCAAAAAAUGAAGAUAUUCUAAAACAAUUAAUGGACCUCAAAGGGAGCGAUAAUGAUAAUCUUUCUACAGAAAUUUCCAAGGAAAUUGAAAUGAUUUUUUCGGAGAUUGCAAGGGACAGAGAAACUAUAAUUUCUAAAAAAGAAGAGGCUGAACUUUUGGCUAAAAGGGGUCAGGAACUUGUUAAUUUUAAACGAACUAAACCGAAUCAAUAG